AGGAAAGAAGGCUUCCGAGAUGCACCCAUACAGGUGAUGACUGACACAGAACCAUCUAGGGAAUGAAGGAGAAAGAUAAGAAUCCCCAAAUAUGGUGUGCUGAGCGAGGGAGUGAGAAUGAGGAGGGGAAUCAUCAUGAGGAAGUUCCCGGGGAAGUGGAACCGCAGGGGACCUUUGUGGGAAGAACUGAAGGGAAUUUUUCCCCGCGCUUCAAACUCGGAGAAGCCUGGGGAAAUUGGCACAGAUCAGAGAGGCUUCUGGGAAACCACCCAGGGAAGAAAGUGGAUGAAUCUAGUAAUGGUGGGGGAGGAGAGAAGGAUCCCAGAGCACAGCAGACAAAUCCCAAGGAAGAGACACCCUGGCACUACAUUCAGUGUGGGAAAGGAUUGAUUGUGAGAUCACAGCUUGUGACACAUCAGACAAUCCAUACUGGAGAGAAACCCCUUCAAUGCUUGGACCGUGGGGAAAGCUUUAAUAAGCUCUCAGAUCUUAAUAACUACGGGAGAAGCCACAGUGGAGAAAAACCCUCUGAAUCUCUCGAAUCCGGGAAAUGUUUCAUUUCCAAGACACAAAUAAUUAAACAUCAGUUAAGCCACACAGGAGUGAGACCCUACAAGUGCUUGGACUGUGGGAAAAGUUUCAUAAGAAAGUCAACCUUUGUUAAACAUCAGGCAUUACACACAGAAACGAGACCCCACAAAUGCUUGAACUGUGGGAAAUGUUUUACAGAGAGGUCAGACCUUGUUAAACAUCAGGCAAUCCACCCAGGAGAGAGACCCCACAAGUGCUUGGAGUGUGGGAAAAGUUUCAUAAGAAGGUCACACCUUGCUAAACAUCAGGCAAUCCACACAGGAGAGAAACCCCACAAGUGCUUGGACUGUGGAAAAAGUUUCACAGAGAGGUCAAACCUCAUUAAACAUCAGGCAAUCCACACAGGAGUGAGACCCUACAAGUGCUUCGACUGUGGGAAAUGUUUCAUAAGAAAGUCAAACCUUGUUAAACAUCAGGUAAUACACACAGGAGAGAGAUCCCACAAGUGCUUGUACUGUGGGAAAAGUUUCAUAAGAAAAUCAACCCUUGUUGAACAUCAGGCACUACACACAGGGCUGAGACCCCACAAGUGCUUGGAUUGUGGGAAAAGUUUCAUACAGAGGUCACACCUAGUUCGUCAUCAGGUAUUACACACAGGAGAUAGACCCCACAAGUGCUUGGAGUGUGAGAAAAGUUUCAUACGAAGGUCAGACCUUGUUUAUCAUCAGGCAAUCCACACAGGAGAGAGACCCCACAAGUGCUUUGACUGUGGGAAAAGUUUCAUACGAAGGUCACAUCUAACAAACCUUGUUGAACAUCAGGCAAUCCACACAGGCGAGAAACCCCACAAGUGCUUGGACUGUGGGAAAAGUUUCAUAAGAAGGUCACACCUUGUUAAGCAUCAGGCAAUCCACAGAGGAGAGAGACCCCACAAGUGCUUGGACUGUGGGAAAUGUUUCACAGAGAGGUCAAACCUUGUUAAACAUCAGGCAAUCCACACAGGAGAGAGACCCCACAAGUGCUUGGACUGUGGGAAAGGUUACAUACAAAGGUCAGACCUUGUUAAACAUCAGUCAAUCCACACAGGAGAGAGACCCCACAAGUGCUUGGACUGUGGGAAAAGUUUCAUAAGCAGGUCACACCUUGUUCAACAUCAGAGAAUCCACACAGGAGAGAGACCC